UCGGUAAAUAAAACAAAUGCGAGGUAUUUUUUUUUCGCUUAAAUGCGAUGUAAAUCUCACCCAUUGAGAUAGGCGAGUAUUGAUGGAUUUAAAACACCAAUGAUGCUGUAGAAGAGAAUUAUGGGAUGAAAUUUUGAAAUAGGAAAUGCGUUGUCAUCAGAAUAGACGGAUCUUUGUUUUAUACCUCCCCAGUGCAAUAUAGAAAGUAUUUUGUAUCGGCGACAAGAAAUAUUUUCAUUGUUUGAUGCGACUGUUCUUGCGAUUAUGCUGAAAUCACAAUAACUGUUUCACAAACGUUUGAAUAUAAUUUUUACUACUACGAAAAGAUGACUGACGAAGGCAAAGGAGAUGUCGAGAAAGAGUCAGAAGAUCGUCGGCGUCCCGGACAAGAACGAAUAGCAAAAAUCAUCGGUGCCAUUAUCAUCUGCCUUCUUGUCAUUACCGUCAUUGGAAUUUUUGCUUAUUUCUUUUCAAAAGGUUCCGCCGAUCCAAAUAAAGAUUUCAAAGAGAAAUUCAAUGAAAACAAAACAUUGGACAGCAGCCUGGUUAAAGCUCCCAAAAAAACAUCCUCGACGACUCAUCCUUCAAUCAAAGAUACCGAAGUUACAACAAUAUUGUCUGACAUAAAAGGCGCCAGAACAUUCAAUGAAAUGUCCCCCAUAGAAGACAGCGAAAUAUUAACAAAGAAACCAUUGAGCAUGCUUGAAACUACUGUUGCUGCACAGAAAAUAUGGAAAUCAGAUGCUGCCAGCGACACAAAGAUAACAAAACCGAAAGCUACAACAUAAUCGCCCAGGGAAUCAUCAUCAACCUCUGCGACAACAAGGUCGUCAUCAAAGACAACAUCAAAUAAUAUACUCAAUGGCAUGGAAGAGAAAUCACAAAGAAAUUCAACAGCUAGUACAUCAAAAAACUCAAUCAAUAAUCCGAACAUAACAAAGACUAAUGAUGCAAAGGCGCAAUCCACGCCAUCAACUAAGGUAAACAUAACCAAAGGGUCAACGCUUACAACCGAAUCACUCUCAACAACAGCGUCGUCAAUAAAUGAAAAUACGACUGUGGUCAGACCUACUACGACAGAUUCAAAUCUAGAAAUAUCAAUCAGGCUAAUAACUACAUCUGCGACAGCAACAACACACUCUUCUGAUACCAGCGAGCAGUAUGCAGAAAUGAAGUCUUCUAUCACGAAUGGGAAAAACCAAAAUGAAAUUGCAAAAACUACCACAACGC